GUGUAUGUUCCUGCGAGCAUAUAGCGCUCUAGAUUACGUCUCUCUCUCUUUUUCUAUUGCUUGGUGAAGAAGAGGGAGGGGGUCUUUUGAUUGAACUUUUGUUUCUCUACGGUAGCUAAUCGAAUCAGAAAAGUUUUCACCUUUCCUCUCCUCUGUUUACAACCCUAAAACACGUUUUCUCCGUUUGUUUUGGAUCUCUUCCGAAACUGGGUUUUGUUUUUUUUUUGUUUUUGUAAUAAUGCGACCGUUUAUGUCUGGUUCGAGAGCUUUGUUCAGCUUAAUUUCAUGUCGAAACGCAAUUAAAAGCCCGAUCAAUCGCUCCGGGAUCGUUCAGAGGAGUUUUAUAUGGAAUCAAUCCCGUCGAUUUGGGUCAAUUUCGGGGAUGCAGAGAUGCUCUUCUUACGAGGAGGCAAGAAGAGUAGUCUCUUUGGGGACAGGGAGCGUAAUUCAGACAAGGCAUUUUCUGGGUUGCGGAGAUGGGGAAGAAGGUGGUGGUGAAUUAUCCAAGAUCUACGAAGAGCGUCGUGUCUUGGGGUAUUCUCAGGAGCAAUUGUUUAAUGUAGUUGUAGCUGUAGACUUGUACCACGGUUUUGUUCCUUGGUGUCAACGCUCCGAGGUUCUUAAAGAAUAUCCUGAUGGCUCUUUCGACGCUGAGUUGGAGAUUGGUUUCAAGUUUCUUGUUGAGAGUUACAUCUCCCAUGUUGAGUUCGAGAGACCCAAAUGGAUUAAGACAACAGCGAGGGACACCGGCCUGUUUGACCAUUUAAUCAACCUCUGGCAAUUUAAGCCAGGACCCAUUCCAGGAACCUGCGAGCUUUCUAUCCUUGUCGAUUUCAAAUUCAACUCACCUCUCUAUCGCCAGGUGGCUUCGAUGUUUCUAAAGGAGGUAGCAACAAGACUCAUUGGGGCAUUUAGUGAUCGAUGCCGACUUGUGUAUGGUCCUGGUGUUCCAGUUGAUGAAAAUGCAUAUGAACAAAAAGCUUGAUACACAUAUAUUAAAUGGAACUAACAACAUGAGGUCUGGUGUAAAUCAAGAAACCAGGAAAAAGGAUGAAAGAGAUCUUGUUUAACUACCAUGCUUUCAGUUGAUAUGUCAUCGGAAUAAUUAAAUAAGUAUAAGUCUUAGUCUCUCUCACAUUCUUAUGGAUUCAAUGCGUUUGGAGAGUUUGGAGUAAGCGAGAUGCCAUAUAUCUGAACCAUGUAUAUUAUUUCAUAGAUGUUAAAACACAACUGUUGUUCUAAUUCUCUCCUUCUUGAAAGGUAAACAAUUUUUCAAGUUUACAAGAGUCUGUU